GGAGGCUGAGGCGGCGGCGGCCCUGCGGCGGGUUCGGUGGGCCCAAUCCCGGGGCGGUGCGGCUGUUUCGGGCGCGGGCCCCGCUUUUCCGCACCCUGCUCCGGCCUCGACUACGGCGAGCCUGAGCGCGGCGGCGGCCCACGCGCAGCGACAGGGAGAGGUGAGCGCGCUCGCAGGCCUGCGCCGGGUCCUCGGGCCCGCUCGUCCCCCCUGCCGGAGCCGGCCACAGCGGCGGCCCGGGGCUGCGGGGGACCCUGCGCGACGCUUCUCCGUUCGCGCCCGCCGCCCGCGGGGCCCCGGCCCGAGCCUGCCUGCGCGGAACCCGAGGUCGGUUACGGCGGGCUCCCGGAGCUCCGGGUCAGGGUCAUGUCGGGGACUUGACCACUCGGCCGGGUCUCCCGUCAGCUGGGACACUUGCAGCUGCCCCAGGACGGGCAGCCUCGAUCCUGGUUCGUCAGUGGAUCACGGGAGUCUGUGUCGGGGGAGGGCUGCCGUCGAGCCCGCCGUCGCCUCGCCCCUGAACUGUUAGACUCCAGACUGCCCCGUAAACCCCGAGAGAAACGAGCGUGCCCGGGACUGUGCUUAGGGCCAGCGUUUCUGGGAAACCCGGGCGGUGACAGUGGGAGACCACCGCCGGCCGGCGAGUGAGACACGAGCCCGGAACAAGUCUCUAAGCGGCGCCGGGCCUCGCCAUCCACACCUGCCAAUUCCCUGCAUCCUUUCAGCCCCUGGCCAGGUGUCACCUCCUGGCGUCCUUUUCAGUGCCUGCCACUUAGUGCGUGUGUAUUUAACUCAAGUCCGGUUGCCAUCCUCUUGCCAGACCCAGAUAGGAAGCGGCUGAAAGGUCGGGCCUCAGCCCGGUGGGAGGUGGGCAGCGAAGAGUGUACAGCGGGCUUGGCUGGGGCAGGUCGGUGGCCCCGCGCCCUGCUCCAGGGCAACCAGACUGUGUAAUCUGGCUUCCGAAGAAAGGAUCGAAGACAGCUGCUCUGCCCAGUGAGUGCCUUGGAGUCUCCAGAGUCCUCGUCCCUCCAGCCGCAGAGGCUCCCCCGUUCUGCGGCUCGUUUUGCUUGUGGCCAGUGAUGAGCAGCUCCAGCAAUAAGAGGGCUCCGACCACAGCAACCCAGAGGCUGAAGCAGGACUACCUUCGCAUUAAGAAAGACCCGGUGCCUUACAUCUGUGCCGAGCCCCUCCCUUCGAAUAUUCUCGAGUGGCACUAUGUCGUCCGAGGCCCAGAGAUGACCCCUUAUGAAGGUGGCUAUUAUCAUGGAAAACUAAUUUUUCCCAGAGAAUUUCCUUUCAAACCUCCCAGUAUCUAUAUGAUCACUCCCAACGGGAGGUUUAAGUGCAACACCAGGCUGUGUCUUUCUAUCACGGAUUUCCACCCGGACACGUGGAACCCGGCCUGGUCUGUCUCCACCAUCCUGACUGGGCUCCUGAGCUUCAUGGUGGAGAAGGGCCCCACCCUGGGCAGUAUAGAGACGUCGGACUUCACGAAAAGACAACUGGCAGUGCAGAGUUUAGCAUUUAAUUUGAAAGAUAAAGUCUUUUGUGAAUUAUUUCCUGAAGUCGUGGAGGAGAUUAAACAAAAACAGAAAGCACAAGACGAACUCAGUAGCAGACCCCAGACUCUCCCCUUGCCAGACGUGGUUCCAGACGGGGAGACGCACCUCGUCCAGAACGGGAUUCAGCUUCUCAACGGGCAUGCGCCGGGGGCUGUCCCAAACCUCGCAGGGCUCCAGCAGGCCAACCGGCACCACGGACUCCUGGGUGGCGCCCUGGCGAACUUGUUUGUGAUAGUUGGGUUUGCAGCCUUUGCUUACACGGUCAAGUACGUGCUGAGGAGCAUCGCGCAGGAGUGAGGCCCAGGCGCCACUGAGGGCACCGCGCACCAGAGCGUGACCUCGGCAGGCUGGACACACUGCCCAGCACAGGCAGACCCACCAGGCUCCUAGGUUUAGCUUUUAAAAACCUGAAAGGGGAAGCAAAAACCAAAAUGUGUGACUGGGCUUUGGAGGAGACUGGAGCCUCAGCCCUGUCCCGGCCACGGGCCGCUGGGGCUGGUGUGGGUGGGCCUUGUGUGCUGGAUUUGUAGCUUAUCUUCCGUGUUGUCUUUGGACCUGUUUUAGUAAACCCAUUUUUCAUUUUAUUAGAUGUGGUCACUUAGAAAUGCAAACUUGCUGCCGACCGCGGGCUGCUCCUGUGUUCUCGGAGCUCCCGGCUCCUCAGCGGGUGGGAACCUCGGGGCCCAGGGGUGGAGCUGGCGUCCGCGGGUGCUGGUCUGGCCUGGCCGUGUGGUGAUGAGGCUUAGCGGGGCCAGUGAUGGCCGUGGCUCAGGAUCCAUAAGCCGGGGUUUGGUCUCAGCAUUUACAAAUGUGUUUACAGUCAGAAUGAAACACAUUCCUUCUAGAAAGUGCUUGGGGGUUUUUGCUGCCCUGGAAGCCAGGAGCCUGCUCACUCCAACCACAAGUCGCCCUUGACUGCGGCGGCCGCGAGCGGGGCGGGGGCUGCCGGUGCCCUCCGCAGGCCAGGCCUCCUGGGCGCCCCUCGGUGCUGCAGGCUGGGGGGCCUUGGGUACCUGCAGAGCCUUUUCUCUGAAUUCCUUAUGUCCGGUGGCCCAGAAGCCCGUCCUCCUAUGCUGGUGGAAGGCGGAGGACCGGAGUCCCUGCAGAAGGCCCCGUGCCCUCGGGGGCCUCCCUCACAUCCCGUGCCCCCUGCGCUGGCCUUCACAGUAGGUAAUGGCUCUGGCCCGGGUGUUCGCUGUCCACGGAACAUGGCAGAGGGGCACCCUGGCCCGGAAAGACGCCAGAGCCAGCAGGGGCUGUUUCGGGCCGCGUGGCUCCCCGGGUCGCGGCCGUCUCCCCUCUUCUGCAUCUGUUCCGUGACUUCGCCUGGGUAGGAUGUACCGCAGGUGCAUCGCGUCGAGGUGGGGCACGGCCGCCGGCAAGAAACCCACCCUGUCCGGAGGCGGGCGUGAGACAAGCCCAGCCCGCACGCGCUCAUCUUUCUUCGUUUUUUGAUCAGUUUAUUCAGAAUUGCUCUAUAAUUUACCAAUUGUAUGUAUUUAACCUAUUCUUGUGGAAAAAAAAGGUCUUUCAUUAUAUCUUUAUUUCUGAA